UUAGAUGAUGAAAAAUUCCAAUCGCCUGAUUCCGUGUCAUGCGGCCGUUUACAUGGAAUUUGGAGAGUGAGGAAUCUUGACAGAUGUGCAAUGUUAAGACAUGGAGCAAACGUCAUUUCAACGGGUGGCUCUGUUAUAUUCAUUGGACCAAGUAAUACACCUUGUGUCUGGGUUAAAUUUAAAAAAACGAAGGAUAAUUAUAAGGAAGGUCAAGCUAUAGGAGAGUUGUUUUUACUGGAUAAACGUUAUCCUACAUAUUCAAUGAAGAAAGCGAAAUUUACUGAUUACGAUAUUGAAACAGCAGAUUAUGAUAAUAGAAUGGCAGACAUGAUUGACUAUGUUUGA